AUGGAAGCUUCGCGCGGGCCGUCAACCACCGGCGUUGAUUCCCUUUCGGGCGACAUAUGGAAGGCCGUCUUCCGCUAUCUGAGCGUAUUCCAGCUGAAGAAGGUUCGCCUCACGUGUCACGCCUGGCGCCGCAUCGUCGACGUAAGUCGUCUGCUGUCCGAUCAACUGGCCUUCAUCAUCCGGUGCGAGGAUCUGGACCGGGACUUCGCGCCACACUGUCGCCUGCCCGUGUACAGCGUCUUGAUCUUCACCUCCAACUUUAUCAACGUGAACCACUGGUGGCCCGAUCUGGGCGCGAACCUGUCCCACCUCUACCUUCGGCGUUGCCACUUUAGUCUGCCGAUGAUUGCCGGAAUGCUUCGUCAAACGCCGAAUUUGAACAAUUUGGGCUUGAAGGACAUCUUCUUGCUUCCCCCGGUUGCCUGGAACGGAACCGCUGUAAACUUCCGGCUGGAAAAGCUGUCACACUUCUCGCUCAGCAACAUUCCGGACCCGCUGGCCAAAUUGAUGCGUCGUCUGAUCUGCCCUCGGCUGAAGUGUUUCGGCUGUGCUUGGGACGUUUCAGCACCGCAAGACGACGAGCAGCUGAUCAUUGACUUCAUCCGGGACUCGCAGGACACGCUGAAGACCACAAGACUGACUCCCACGGUGGACAUCCUGGCCGGUAUCAGUUCGCUGAAUCGUCUGCAGCUGCAAGACGUUACGUUUUGGUGCAAUCCGGACCAGAUCGAGCACGUGCUCAACUUUACACGAAAGCAAGCCAGCAUCGAGAAGCUUAGUCUGCUGGACCUUGCGCUGCCAGAGUUGGUGGUUCUCCAAAUCUGUGCGAACCUUCCAGCGCUAAAACAUCUAACCGUAAAUCUGGACUACGUCCCAAUCUGGCAACCAUCGUCCCUCUUUGAGCUCGCACCGAACCUUGAAUACCUCAAGGUUAACAUCAUGGGAUUCGCCAAGUUUGCCACACACGACAAUUACCGCGAAUACAGAACCAAAACCGUAGGCGACUUCCGUGAUUGCAUCGCUCCAAGACUCCGAGAAAUCAACCUGACCGACAUCUACCCGAGCACCAAUCUGCAGUCCUUCCUGCGCCAAUGCCCAAACCUUCACACCGUCCUCCUGGACCUUGCUUGUGAUGACUUCCCAAGCCUCACCUCCACGCUCCCCCUCGGCCAACUCCGUACCCUAACGCUCCGCUCACUGACCAUCUUGACGCCAUGGCCAUCAAAUCUGGGCCCGUACGAUAACCUCCGUCGGCUGGCCCUGUACCACGUGCGUACGUCGAAGGCCACGCUUACGCAAAUGCUCACAGCCUGUCCCAACCUCGAGGUGCUCACGCUUUGCUGGAUCGCCGGGGACGACCAGGUGCGGCUGGUUUGCGAGCGGUUUGCGCGGCUGAAGGAGCUCGAGCUGCACCAGUGUCCCAUUACGGAUCGCUCCGUGGACGCGCUACUGCUGGCCGGCGGCCGCGCGCUCGAGCAGCUGACCGUGCACGGCUGUUACGGGCUGUCGCGAGCGGGACGAGCGCGCCUGCAGAAUACGACCAAGUUUCGGUUCGUUGAGUGCUGA